ACGUGCGCUUGCACGGCGACCUGGUGGUGUGCUACCGGCUGUGGGCGGUGGGAGGCGACUGGAAACCCACGUUCCUGCGCGAGGAGGCUCCCCGGAGGUUCGACCAGAGGUUCGAGCUCUUCGAUCCCGACACCUUCUUCCGGAGCUACACGGCGUGCCGCGACGCCGUCCACCAGAUGCUCGCGCAGACGCCGUUGGUCUGCGAGUUCGACCUCGCCGCCGAUAACUGGUCCGACUUCCUGCCUCAUUACGUGGCCAUUAUUCAUGGUGGCCGUGGUCCGGAACGACGCCGCGGCGAAGCACGGCGGCGUCGCCCAACGCUACAACGUCGACAUCGAUCUCGCCGUCUCGGUGAAUGUCUUGUACAACGAGACCAAGGCGCUGCUCCUGGCGUGCACGAAGGCUGCGGUGACUCGGUGCCUGUUCGCGACGAUGGUUACUGAGUGUUGUAUAUGCAUGGAGGAUUUCGCGGCGGCGAAUGGCCGCGACGACAGGGACGCUACCGUGAGGCUGCCGUGCUCCCACUCCUUCCACCGGGGCUGCAUCGCGCCGUGGUUCUACAAGGUGGCCACGUGCCCGGUGUGUCGCCGUGAUAUGGCAAAGUACCUUGUUGCGGCCACCAACACCCCAAUUGGGAAGUUCCCAGGUCUCCUCGGACCCUGAUCGAUCCUCGGGUCGUAUACAUCACGUGUGUGUUCCAUGCACCAAGAACUAUCUCUAGCGUAUAUGUGGUGUUCAUCCGUAACUUAAAUCCUCUAAGGUAAUAUUUUGAUCACUUUUGUAAACGAUGAGAAUUUG